GAGCUGCGCACAAAGGCGGGGAGGAGGCCGGGCCAGAGGAGCGGCGUUGACACCCAGAGCCCCGCGGCGGAGCUGGCUGGGGGCGGGGAGGCUCUGCACACGCUCUCGCUGCCAAGGGAGAGGGGAGCCCGGCGGCCUGCGCUGGCUCCUCACCCCCAGCGCUGGGGGAGCGCGUGGCGGGAGGCGGCCGCAGCCAGCCGGGGGAGGAGGCAGGGGCCGCCGACCGCGGAGCUGGAGCCCUGACGCCUGCCAUGGAGAGGAAGCCGGGCGGCGAGGAUGACUGCGUGGACUCGGGAGCCGAGACAGGAGGGGGACGUUACCUCUUGGUCUCAUCUCCCUCCCUUCUCCUGUCUUUAGGGGGAGGGAGGGAGAGCGUGGAGGGGUGCCUUUAGCCCUUGCUGCCUCUUGGCUCUGCUCAGCCUCUGGCUCCAGCAGGAUCAGAGGAGGCUGCCACCUCUCCAUCUUGUCCCAGCUGCUCUAGAUCUUUUCUGGAUCCUACAAAGGGGCUUGAAGGUCUUCUCCCGCCAUCCUUCCCUCCCAGAUCUGAGUACAGCCGCAUGUCCUCUACAAGCAGUGAACUUUCUGUGGAAGACAAUCAGGACCCUUUCCUUGUUAGUAUACAUAUCAUUGCAGACCCUGGUGAAUCCAAAGUUCUCCAGCAAGCCAUUGAUAAACUGUUAGCAUGGAUCCAUCCAGACCUCCAGUUGUUCCGAGUCUCAGAAAGACGGGUCUCAAGGAAGCACAGGAAGUCUGGUAAGGCUGCUGUUUCUCAGCCAGCCCUUGCAGUCAUUCUGUUUCUGCAGGAGGAAUAUGGAGAAGAACCAAUCUUACAGCUCCAUGAAACCUUUCAGAGACCACCUUGGCAUUACCACCAUACAGAACGAGUGCAAGGCAAGUUCCUCCCUUACAUGCCAUGCAGUCAGGACUUCUUCACUUUGGCCCAUGGGACCCCUUUGUGGGCCAUCCGCCCAGUGCAUUAUGGGAGAGAAAUUAUCCGCUUUGCCAUAUACUGCAGGAAUGAAAACUUUAUUGACAUUAUGAAACUGUACCAGUUAAUCCUGAAAAGACCGGUGUGUCAGAAAAAGGCGGAUUUUUGUGUCUUUCCUGUCUAUUCUAACAUGGAUAUAGACAUUCAGUUCUCUUUAAAAAGACUCCCUAAGGGCCAGAUUCCAACCCCUACAGAGUCAGCGGUGCUGGAAUUCCGAGUAGAAGAUGUUGGACAGCUUGUUCCUCUCUUGCCCAAUCCUUGUAGCCCAAUCAGUGAAGGCAGGUGGCAAACAGAAGACCAUGAUGGGAAUAAGAUCCUCUUGCAGGUGGAAAUUUCCUUUCUUCUGUCAACAUGCAAAACGUUAACUAGCAGCCCUGGAUUCUUCUCAUCAGAUCAGGCACGUAUUUGGUAUAGGAAGUCUGCUAAGCAGAACAAGCUUCAUUUCCCAUCUUCAAGGGAUUCCCGUUUCACUCCUUCACCAAGCUACAUUUCUCACAGUCACAGACCUGCCCCUGAUCAAACUAGUGAGCAUCUGAACUCAGCUGGUCAAAUCAAGCUGCAUUGGGCAAAUGGCCUUGGUCAGUACCUUGGCAUCUCCCAGCAGGACUUGAGAAAUGGUGACCGAGGAGACUUCACCCGAAGAUCCAGUAGUGCCUCCAGCAUUUCAUGGUCAUUUCAGCGAAGCAAGUCUCUGUUCUGCUUGCCCACAACAAGCUCCUCUCCGGCCUCUGACUCCUUUAACUUUAGUGAACCAUUUCAGAAUUUAAAUACUGGGUCAUCUGUGAACAGGUUAAAAACAUGGAGAUGCAGCCCUAAGCUUAACAUUGAGGACUUGGAGGGUUCACAGGAGACUGAUGUCGACACAGGGAUGAAGCUGUCCUUCUCAGAUCUGUCUGUGGUCUCAGCCUACUCUACCUUUAAUGGAUUUUGCAGUGAUUUGGAAGCUACUCUUCCCUCACAAAGGCAAAGUGUCAGUAUAUCUAAACAGGCUGUCUCCAGGGGAAGGCCGUUGUCAGCCAUGUGCAGUACCCUUGAGCUCCCUAGUGGUUCACUUCCAUCUCUCUCCGAGUGGUCUUCCAGCUCUUUCUUGUCAUCUUCCGCAUCCCCUUUAGCAUCUCACUGCCAACUCAGACAGUCACCAAGAGCAACCCCUUGUUCUCUGAACGAUAGGAAAACAACUGGCAGCAUUCAUCCAGGCUCUCCAACCAACGAGGAGGAAUUCUACAUCUGAGCUUUCUCCAUGCUGAACCUUUUAAUGUAAAUUUGUGCGUAUGUGAAUUACAGCAGUGCAUUUCCACCAUCUGAGCUGGCAAGUUCCUUGCUUCUUCCUGAGGGGAGGGUGUUACAUCAUUAAAUGUUGUAAAUGUUGUAAAAGGUUCCCACACACCACUGUAAUGGGUGCCUCAUAAAUGUGUAUUAUAAUAUCAGGUGAGAUUGUGUCCACUGGAUUCAUGUGAAGGGGAACCUCGAUGUGUAGCUGUGCAGGUAGGAGGUUUGUGCUCAGUGUCCUUCAGCUCUGGCGAAGGGGGUUUGGGAGACUGACCCUUAGCAUGUAGAGCAGGAAGUGCCCAGGGAUGCACAUGGUAACCCACCUUCCCCUGACAAGUAUCUGUAAAGAUGCUGAAAAGAAAAUACAACCUCAAGCUGCAUUAACUUUUCUGAGAAGCUCUCCACGCUGGCAAACCCUUCCCCACCUCCUUUAUGAGGUUCCAGAGGCAGCUAUGAAAAGGGCCGACCCUAGCAACAUGACUCCAGUAGAGCCAGAUAAGGAGGCUGAGGGCCCCAGAACCAUUGUAGAGGCACAAGCCUCCAGCUGAUCUUUGAGAAUCUGCAGAUUCGGGGAGAGAACGUCCUGUUUGCUCCAUGGGGAAGAAGGAACCCGCACCAUAUCCCCAAUCUGAUGGACCGGUUUUGGGAAAAUGCCAAGAGGGGAACCUUGAGGAGUUUUUUCUCCCCAUCUCUCCCUCCUCCCUCCCCCCCAGUCAAAAGUGUUUUUCAUCAUAUGGGAAGGGAGCAGGGCGACUCAUUGUUAAAAAUCCACUGCAGCUCCCUAUUUUUAGGGGUUUGUUAUUUUGGUUGUAAAAAAUUCACCUCAAACAUAAACAUAGUAUUGGUGGUCCCAGACCAAUUUCUGUGUAAAACAAAUUUCUUGCCAAACUUGUCUGAAUUUUUAAUUUAUCUAAAGGGAAAAACAUGUAGAAUUGUACUGGCCUUUUUAUCAAGUUACAUUUUGGCAAGUUGUUACAGUAUAAUGUGGCAAGCUGUUAUGGUGUAAUUACUUUUGAUAUUUUGGAAAAACGUUUACAUGGAGAAGCCAUUAGUCUGAGAAAUGGCUAAGUACCUUUAUAAGGAUUUUUACCAUCUAUUUCAAACUUUUCUGACAAUAUAUCUCUGUGUUAAACACUACUGACACUGAUUGUUGUUCUGGUCUAGGCACUAAGAACAUUACCUGGUUUAAAGUAGUGUUUACAAAUCUGUAUUUAAUAAUAGACAGGUACAGCUACAGAAGAUCCACUCUGAUCAGUCAGUAAAUAAAACUAGGGAGGAAGAAUGAUCUUGUGUGUAUUACUCUGCAGCGUUACUCAGAACAAUACUAUUCAUUUUAAAACAGCCUAAAUAAAUAGUUACAUAAGAGAGUGGAACAGCUCCAAAAACCUCCAUUCUAACCCCCAACUAAAUAUACAGUUUAUACUAUUCCACUAACCGUCCUUAAAAAAAAAAAGCAGUCUGGAAGAAAUAAAUAUAAAAUCAUUCUGUUUAAACACCAUUAAA